CGCAGGGGAUGAGCACAAGAGAAGCCGGAGGCUGCCCUGAUUGACAGCUGAAGUGUCCUAAAAAGGGCUCGGCGAGAUGCUUAUCGGGAGGUUUAUAUAGCAGCCGAGCGAGCGCACGCUGGAGAGCGCUCAUUCACCCCGGCAAGCCGCAGAGACCACGCCUGGGGUGGGGGGCCACCCUUUGGCAGCCCCGCUCCGCUCCCUGGGACCCUCCCCACGCCCCUUAGAAAGAGAGAGUUCCUUUCUCCGGCGUCCCAAAGCCCGGGCCGCUCUUCGGGGAAGGGGGCUUCCACCAUGCACUGCUAUGGCGAGCUGAGGCUCGCCUCCCCCGGGCAGCUCAAGGCAGCCAGGAGGCGCUACAAGACUUUCAUGAUCGAUGAGAUCCUAUCCAAGGAGACCUGCGAUUACUUUGAGAAACUUUCCCUUUACUCUGUCUGCCCUUCUCUCAUCGUCAGACCCAAACCUCUGCACUCCUGUACUGGGUCCCCAUCUCUGAGGGCAUAUCCUCUCAUCUCCGUCAUCACCCGGCAGCCCUCUGUGGUCCCUCACCUCGGCCCUGCAGCUCCCAGCUCCCGAGCGUUGUCACCCCACUCCUCCUUGGGAGCCACCAGCGCGGAGACACAAGCCAGCGAAACCCAUGCCAGCAGCGAGUCGGAAGGGGAGCAGCCCACCCUGCGGUUGAAAAAGCCUCGCCGAAGCCGGACCAUCUUCACGGAACUCCAGCUGAUGGGGCUGGAGAAGAAAUUCCAAAAGCAGAAGUAUCUGUCCACGCCAGACAGGCUGGACCUUGCCCAAUCACUGGGGCUGACUCAGCUCCAGGUGAAGACUUGGUACCAGAACCGCAGGAUGAAGUGGAAGAAAAUGGUACUGAAAGGUGGGCAGGAAGCUCCGACAAAGCCCAAAGGCCGCCCAAAGAAAAACUCCAUUCCCUCCUCAGAAGAGAUCGAGGCAGAGGAAAAGAUGAACAGCCAAGUUCAGAGGCAGAUGCUGGAGACAUCUCAGGCCCCAGAAGAGCCUGAAUUGACAGAGGAGAAGCCUGAAGUCGCCUUGGAGACGGGAAAGUCUCCGGAGCACACAUUGGAGCCCUCCCCAGAGGAGACGACGCCCUCGAGUUAAAAGAGGAAAAACAGAAGAAAAAAAAAAACAGAAAAAGGAAAGAGAAAAAACAAAUUAAAAAAAAACCCAAAAACAAAAAGACCUUGUGUAUAAGUCAGGAGCUUGUGCACUUUGUGUCAUUGGGAAUCAACCAGCGUGGGCUACCGUGGAACAAAGAAACCCAAUGCAUAUGGUGACAGUCUUUCCCUUCCCAACAGCAAGUCCUCCCUGCAGAUAACAAGGGGGCCUGAGUACUUUAGAGCUAUCUUCCAGAAGAAACUGUGUGUCUAGAAACCUGAGAUAGCCUGGAGAAUCAGGAAAAGCCUCAGGGCUCCUUUCAUGCCACGGAAGGUGGGUGUGUAGUGAUAUGACCAUCUUGGAGGGUUCGGUGUUUCGCUUGACCUUAUCUUUGCCUUUUAAGGUAGAUAUGGACAGAGUAUUUAGUCCGGCCUCAAGGCAAUGACUGCCAGGCAAAGGGGAACUUUUACAGCACGAUUUCUCAUUUAACCAGCACUUAUUUCUGUUAGCCAUGGGCCCAAGUGAAACAGUUUUUUGGAGGAUGCACAGACCCAGGGUUUUGGUUCGGCCCAUUAUAAAGAUAGGUGCAAGAUUCAGACCCAGGUCAAGGUUCAGAUUUCAGAUCUUCCUGGGAGGAUUUGAGGUGAUCAGAUCUGCGAUGUGGAGCAAUCCUUUAUAAAGAUAACGGCCAUUGGGUAAAAUCUAGAUUGAGAUCACGGUUUGGAUUUCAAGCUCCCCCAGAACUGGGAUUUUUGCUUCAGGCCCAUUUCUAAUUAUUGUAGGGUUUGUAUUUUUUUCCCCCAAGAAGCAUUUAAAUGUUUUCAGGGUUAGGGGAGAGCAAUGGAGUUAAGAAGUGGCUGAAGAAAGUUCGCAUUUGUUUUUAAGACCUGUGUGCCAAGAAUAGCUAUGCAUCAUGUUUCCUAAAGUCUUGUUGAGGGUGCAUUUUGCCCGAAGGCUGCAAGAGAUGUAUUAAAAUAACCUUUAUUUUUUAAUUAAAAAUUAAAUAUAUAAA